AUGUUGUCCAAGGCUUUCGCAACAGCGGCGCUGCUCAAUGCCGCAGCGGCAUUCCCACAUAUUGCUCAGAUGGUGGAGAAGCAGCGUAUGGAAGAGCUAGGUGUUCCAGAUGGUGCCAUUGCAUUCCCAGAAUGGCCAGGCUCGCCAUUGCACGCCUCAUUCGACAAAUUCGAUCCUUCAAGCCAGCUUGUGUCAACAUCCGGUGACCACGCAUGGCAAGCACCAGGUCCGGGUGACAUUCGAGGCCCAUGCGCUGGUCUCAACGCUGCAGCAAACCACGGCUAUCUUCCGAGGUCAGGUAUUGUGGAUGCGGACGCCAUCAACACGGGUCUAUGGCAGGCAUUCGGCUUGGACAAGACGGCCACCAUCUUCCUCCAGACUGCCACCUCUUUCUUCAAUGGAGAUCCAAUCUCCGGCAGAUGGAGCAUUGGCUACCACAGCGACAAGACCCAAUCACUUGGUGCUGUGGGCGACCUCCUCGGCAACGAGACCGGUAUCUGCGCAUACGGUCAUCUUCGCAGCGAGGGCGAUGCAUCAAUCACUCGCGGUGACUGGCUCGCGCCAAGCAUGAACUCGAACUGCGCAUCAUACCCAGUCUUCAUGCAGGAGCUCCUCGACCUUGCAAAGGCCAGGACAGGCGGCAACUUGACUCCAAGAGUCAUGGCCGAGCACUCCGACAACCGCAAGAAGUACUCCAUCGCCAACAAUCCCAACUACUUCUCGCCACCUUACGCCGGUGUCGCCUUCACCUUCGGCGCUCACAUGUUCGCCUUCCAGCUCUUGGCAAAUCACAGCGCCACCGAGCCACGAGGCUUCCUGACCCCAGAAGUCUUCAUGAGCUUCUUCUCGUACACCCAGGAUGGCAGCGGCAACUUGCAGUACAAGUACGGCCAUGAGCGCAUUCCAGACAACUGGUACCGCCGCCACAACGACGAUCCCUGGACGCUGAACGACAUUGCCAUCUCUACUGCUCAGCAAUGCGCGUCAUAUCCAUCCGCUUGCUUGGUGGGUGGCAACACUGGUGAAGUAAACAGCUUCGAUGGCUUUGACCUGGGUGACAUCUCCGGUGGCUUCGUCAACAGCGUUUCUGACCUGUCCGACCCUAAGCGCAUGGCUUGCUUCAUUGCUCAGGCCAUUCGUGCUGAUACUCCAAGCUUCUUGGACAAGGUCUUCUCCGGUGCCACUUUGAGCACUGUGUUGGGACUGGUUGGUACGCAGAUGGAGCCGGUCCUGAAGACUCUGGGUGACUGCCCGAAUCUGCCAGCAGGCAAGAGCGUCUUCGGUCCAAAUUCAAAGUAUCCAGGUGCUAGAUUGGCGACCAGUGGAAGCAGGAAUCCAUUUAAGAAGUGA